AUGCUUCCAUUUCUUCCCCCGCAUGCCACCAUUCCUCCCCCCUCCUUUGCCCCCUUGCUUCCCCUCCUUUUCCCCCCUGCUUUCUCUCCUUUCCCCUCCUGCUUCCCCUGCUGCUUCCCCUCCUUUCCCCCCCUGCGUCCCCUCCUUUCCCCACCUGCUUCCCCUCUUUUCUCCCUCUCCUUUCCUUCAUUUUCCUCUCCUCCCUCCCUCUCCUCCCUUGUCCAAUCCCCUCCCUCCCCAACCCUAAACCCUCAUCCAAUCCCCUCCCUCCCCUCUCCUCACUCGUCCAAUCUCCUCCCCUCCCUCUCUCAUCUUCCCUAUCCCCCCGAAUCCUACUCUCCCCUUUUCCCCUACACCCCCUCUUCCUAUCUCCUCCUCCUCUUCGCCCUCUCCUAUGCCCUCCCCCCUCUUCCCUCCCUUCUAGCCCCUUGUUCCUCCCCUGCCAAAUCUCCUCACUUGCUCCCUUCCUCUCUUCUGCACUUCCCCCCUUCCUCUCUGUCCCGCCUUUCCUCCCUUGCUUCCCCUUGUUUACUUUACCCCCUUUCUUCCCCUCAUUUUCCCCCCUGCUUCCCCCUCAUUUCCUCCCAUGCUUCCCCUCAUUUCCCCCCCUGCUUCCCCUCAUUCUCCCACCUGCUGUCCAUUAUGCUCCCCCCUUGCUUACUGUUCCUUUCCUCAUGCUCGCCAUCCUCCCCCCCACUCACCCCUUAUUCCCCUCCAGUUUACCCUCUGUUUCUCCGCUCCUUUCUGGUUUUUGGGCCUUGA